UGUGGUUCGUACUUGCAUUUACUUGACUAGUCUACUAGCUGUCUACCAAAUUUAGUGGGGACGACCACGAGCGAGCAAUUUUUAAGUGCAAAUAAACAGAGUUGCUGAUUAUUUUCCAUCGUUUGGAUCACUUUCUGAUGUGUUCAACGUUCGUCGUCGUGUCAUGAAGUCGAAUUUGUGUUCUGCUCCUCGUUCGCUGGCGCACUAAAAGGUGUAGCUGCUGUCGCCCGAUGUCUCCUCCACCUCAGUUGAGACUCCUGUUCAUGAACGGAGGCGUAGCUCGCCAUCUGGCACUUAACGGAUGACGCGACACUAGCGGACAUGGAGACGGGGGAGACGCCAUAUUUUCUCCCACGUCGUUCUCCGCGCUAAACUCUUCCUCAGGCAAAAACUAUUUUUAUAUUUGCAGUCAGGGACUACACACCAAAUUGUUUCUCCAGUCGCCAAGCCAUAGCCACCCGCUGCCAACAUGGCGUCGGAGGGCUUUCAGUACCGUGCACUGUACGACUACAAGAAAGAGCGCGAGGAGGACAUUGACCUGCACGUGGGCGACAUGCUGCUGGUCAGCAAGGGGGCGCUGUUGGCGCUCGGCUGCGGUGCGGGCGCUGAGGAGCGACCCUCAGAGAUCGGAUGGCUGCCCGGCUUCAACGAAACCACACAGGUAAAGGGCGAUUUCCCGGGCACCUACGUGGAAUUUGUGGGCAGGAAAAGGAUGUCACCCCCCACGCCCAAGCCCCGACCACCCAGGCCACCGUCGGCCGCGUCAAUGAGAACAGACUCAGAGUCCGAGGGCGUCACACUGCCUGAUCUUCCGGAACACUUUGGACCGCCCGAUACGGCCCCGCCCCUCCUCGGCAGACUGAUGGAAGCCAUCGAGAGUAAAGGCGUGGACAAUCCUGGCAUAUACCGCGGUGUCAGCGCCGGAAGUUUGGACACGAGGCAAUUGGCCGAAGCCGACUUGGAGCAAAUGGAGGUGUCAUCCCUGUGUGAAGGCGUGGUCCGCUUCCUGCAGGAGCUUCCUGGGCCCGUUGUGCCGUCUUUGCUGCAGGCUGACAUGAUCCACGCCGUGCAAGAAGUCCGAGACCCCGAGGCGUGCGCCCGGGUGCUGCUGGGCGUGGCCAGUUCUCCCACAUGCCCCGCCCAAUACGGCCUGACCUUGCUCAGCGUGGUGCGACACCUGGCGAGACUCUGCGUGCACGCUGCCCGCAAUCAGCUUAGCGUCCGAGGCCUCGCUGAGAUUUUUGGUCCGCUACUUUUCAGACAGACCGCUGCAGGGUGUGAGUCAGGUUCAGACCCUCUGAUCCAGGUUCUUGAAGUUCUGAUCACCAGCGAGCUCAACGUGAACCAGGCUGCUCCAGCUCUACCUCCCAAACCUGCCAAACCCUCCACCCCGGCCCCAGCGUCCGCCACGGCGUGCACCUUCAACAACAGCAUGGCGCUACAUGAUGCCGAGUGGUACUGGGGCGACAUAUCCAGGGAGGAAGUGAACGAGAAGCUGCGAGACACAGCCGACGGCACCUUCCUCGUGCGUGACGCCUCCACCAAGAUGCACGGAGAUUACACGCUCACGCUCAGGAAGGGAGGUAACAACAAGCUGAUCAAGAUCUUCCACCGCGAGGGCAAGUACGGCUUCUCGGACCCACUGACGUUCAGCUCGGUGGUGGAGCUCAUCAAUCACUACCGGCACGAGUCCCUGGCACAAUACAACCCCAAGCUGGACGUCAAGUUGCUCUACCCGGUCUCCAAGCACCAGCAGGACCAGGUUGUGAAGGAGGACAGCAUUGAGGCGGUGGGCAAAAAGCUCCACGAAUACCACCUACAGUACCAGGAGAAGAACCGCGAGUACGACAGACUGUACGAGGAGUACACCAGAACUUCUCAGGAGAUUCAGAUGAAGCGCACCGCCAUCGAGGCUUUCAACGAGACCAUCAAGAUCUUCGAGGAGCAGUGUCAGACCCAGGAUCGCUUCAGCAAGGAGUACAUUGACAAGUUCCGCCGCGAGGGCAACGACAAAGAAAUCCAGAGAAUCAUGGAGAACUACGACAAGUUACGCUCCCGCAUCAGUGAGAUCGUGGACAGCAAGCGCCACCUGGAGGUGGACCUCAAGAAGCAGGCCGCCGACUACCGCGAGAUCGACAAGAAGAUGAACAGCAUCAAGCCGGACCUCAUCCAGCUGCGCAAGACCAGAGACCUGUACCUCAUGUGGUUGACACAGAAGGGGGUCCGGCAGAGGAAACUAAACGAGUGGCUGGGACUCAAGAACGAGACCACAGUGGACGAGUACAGCACGGUGGAGGAUGAGGAGGACCUCCCUCACCACGAUGAGCGUCUCUGGCGUUUGGGCAACAUCAACCGCGGUCAAGCCGAGUCGCUGCUACGGGGCAAGAAGGACGGAACCUUCCUGGUCCGAGACAGCAGCAAGCCAGGAUGCUACGCCUGCUCUGUCAUGGUGGAGGGUGAAGUGAAGCACUGCGUAAUCAACAAGACGAGUACGGGCUUCGGCUUUGCCGAACCGUACAACCUGUACGCGUCUCUGAAGGAGCUGGUGCUGCACUACCAGCACACGUCGCUGGUGCAGCACAACGACUCGCUCAACGUCACGCUCGCAUUCCCCGUCUACAGCCAGCAGAGGCGCUGACAAGCCAUCUGACUUUGUUCCAGUUUAGCCACCCCUCUCUCCAAAGUUGCUCGUUCCCUCUAGUUUUUUAAUGACCUAAAACCUUUGUUUGAAAGCACUCCUCAUUUCCUAAUCACCCACCCCCUUUUUCUUUUUUGCAUGAGCUUUUUUGGAUCUAUCUUGGAUCUACUUAUCAGAAUUCUGAUUUAUGAUUUUGGGAAUGGAGUGAAUCAUUCCCAACUCUGCUGCCUCCUUGUGGGAGAAGUUGUGAAAUGACACCGGACUCCGCCGCCUUACACCCACGGCCGACUUUCGAUAUAGAAGGUACUGAAAUGGCAAAGCUGCACUGUGACAUGUGGACUGUAUCAUUCCAAAGACUUUUGGCCAGGACUCAGGUGCUUGUGUCGCUUCCGUUUUCCAUUCCUACCAGGAAGUGUGAAACAUUUCAAGAUAACUUCAGUAUUUUGCAAAACACUUCAAAGUGCACAACUUUUUCUGCCCUCGGGAUCAAUAAAGAUCAUUUUUGUUCUUCA